GCUUGCCUCCGCAGAAGAAGCCAGCAAGUGCUGCUGUGCAGCAGAAGCGGCCUGCAGCUUCCGCUGUCAGUGCUGGGGUUCUUCAACCCGUUGACUGGCUCAACGUCUUGCCGGAUGUGCCAGACCUCGGCAGACCGCUGCGUGUGGCACUCCCAUGUGUAGGGGUGGACGGUUGCGGCUGGGCUUUGAAGAUGCUUGGUGUUGACUAUGAGGCCACCAAUGUCUAUGACCUGGAAGCUCACUACCGGGAAUACUUGGAAUUUCAUGUGCCCCUUGCCUCAGGCAGCAGCCUUCACUUGGGCCGUGUGGAGGGCGAUGUGAUGUUGAAAGACAUCGUAGACCUUGAGCGGCCCGUUGACGUACUUUGCUCAGGACCUCCUUGUCCCCCAUGGUCUGGCAUGGGGAAUAAGGCUGGCCCGUGUGAUCCACGCAGCCUUGUGUAUGUGAAAGUGCUGACGUUUGUCAUCGCCCUCAUCAAGGCAGGAGAGUUGCUUGGCACAGUGCUGGAGAACGUCAAGGGCAUCCUGACGAAAGUGCUGCCUGAAGGCUCCUUCAUGGACUGUUUGCUUGCUGUGCUUCGUGCUGAAGUGCCGGAGUUUGACUGGAAGGUUCAGAGUCUGGAUGCGUCCGACUAUCUUCUGGCACAGCGUCGGCCACGUGUCUUUCUGACGGGCAUCCGAAAGACCUUUGCUGCGGUGGUGCCGGAUGCACUGCCGCCUUUGGGCAAAAACAGCUUACGUUGUUUUUUGCACCCCAAUGUGCCAGCUGUCAACCCAGAAAAAGAGUUGACGACGCACAUGCAGGCCAACCUCCGCGACGCAGAGAAAGCAUUGAAGCGGAAGCUGAAAGAUGGCGAAGUGGAGGAGAGCAGCAUCGUCAUCUUUCCGGUAGAUCGAGCUGACGGCAAGGUGUUUCAGCGGGUGUACUCGAAAAACAUCGCCCCCACGCUUACCUGCAGCAACCGCUACCUGUUUGUUGCCUCCAUGGAUCUUCACCGCACCGCCAAGAAACGAUCAUUCUGGCCAGAGGCUCGCCCUGGCAGCAGAUACAAAAUCCGCAUCGGUGAAAGUGACAGCGACGCCUCAGCUGCGGAGGCCUGCGCCCUGCGUACAAGGCCAGCCAUGCCUCACAAAAUGGCUGAAGUGUUGCGGUUCUUGAGCACGUUGAACAAGAACCCUGGCUCCUCUGAGGAAGCACAAAUGCACAUGCUGGAGGCCUGCCUCAGUGACAUCCGUGCAGGACCCAAGCUGAGCAUGGGCGACGCCACAACAGUUUUGGAAGACCUGGAGGCCUCAGACUUGCCCCGAGGCGUGAAGGACAAAGUGGUUGCCUGCGUGCAGGACAUGGCGACCUGCAGCUUGCAGGACACAAGCGAGACUGCUAAGAAGCAGGGGAACAAGGUGAACCAGAGGGCUCUGGGCUUCCAGGACUUUUUUGUGCAGCCUGAGUGGGAUGAUUUGACAUCUUGCCGCACAGAGAUGAACAGCAAAAUGAAGGUGAUUGCCAAGAGGAUGUGUUUGCUAGGCAUGAAGUAUGCGUGUGAGAAGACAUACGUACUGGCGACCGCCAUGCUCUUACUAUGCACGCACCAAGGGCCGCCUCAGGACUUGGAGGUGAACGCCAAGCAUGCUUAUGGCGUGUUGCUGGAUCUGAAGACGGUUUGUCGGGCUAUGACCAAGAGCUAUGCCGACAGCAGCAUUCGACUGUACCCACAGCGACCUGAGGAUCUGCCCGGGUCGCUGUUUCGUGCAGCAUAUGCAACCAAUCCGCCAGUUGCAUGUCCUUUGGACGGCUUUGCCCUGAAGUCGCUCAGCCAGCAGCUGGCGGCGAGAAAGAGCCACGCCAGCAUCAGCCGCACCAUUUCCAUAGGUGCCGGUGCACAUGGCAAGCAAAUGUCUCUUGCAGGCAUGGACAUGCAACAGCUGAUGCAAGGUGCCGCCGUACUGAGCCAGAUGUUUCAGAAUCAGCAGGCAGGCGCUGGCGAGUGCAAUAUCUCCUUUCUGCACGGCAACUCCAAGCCGAAGCGUGCGGCUAAGGCUCUUUGCGACGGCCCUGCAGAGACCCUGCAGCAGGAGGAAACUGCUGCUGCAGCAAAGGAGACUUGUGCGGAGGAGCCUCGUGCGAAGGAGCCUUGUGCGGAGGAGCAUUGCCCUGCGAAAGAGCCAGAGGUCAGCACUCCAGCUUCGAAGAGACAAGCGAAGGCUGAUCUCGACACCAUGGCUUCGGCGAUCGGGAAGCAGCUCGCACUGAGCAAACAGCCGCAGGAAAAGGUGGAGGACACGCCUGGGCCAAAGGAAAAGAAGCCGCUGAAGACGACGCCGAAGAAGACGGUGGCCAAAGCAAAGGCGACGAAGACGAUCAAGACGGGCUCCAAGCUGAGUGGCUAUCCUGGAAUUUCCAAAAAGCCACCGCAGUAUUUGGCCUCUUGCACCAUCUAUACGACUCAUGAGAGCUGGCGCGUCAGACCUGCAGGAAGCAAGCUUGACAAAGCUUUCCGCUUCGGCGACAAGCCCAAGGCUGCGUGGAAGGACUUGGCCGAGUAUGUGGCCAAGCUUGCCUGA